AUGAUGUUGUUUUAUCUUGUUGUAUUUCUACAUCUGAUUGAAAUUAAUAAUGGAAUUACAAGUCCAAUUCUACCAUAUACAACAUACAAUCAUUCAAUUGAACUUAAAACAAAUGUUGCUGAUCUUUGGUGGACAACAAAUGAAAUAAACCAAGAAAUUCUUUUUGAACUACAUAUUCAUACAACAGGAUGGAUUGCGUUAGGUAUCAGUCCAUCUGGUGGAAUGAAUGGUGCUGAUAUUGGUGUUGGAUGGAUCGAUCAAUCGGGUAAUGUACAUUUUCAAGAUCGAUAUGCAUUAAGUACUAUAACUCCAAUUGUUGACAAUACGACAAAUGAUUGGUUUGCACUUCAAGGUCGUGAACAAAACGGUUGGACAGCAAUUCAAUUUAAACGUUCAUUUGAUACAUGUGAUUCAAUGGAUGUAUCAAUUAAGUCGGGAACUAACAAUCUUAUUUAUGCUUAUGGUCUUAUCGAUCCAACUAAUGAUAUAACUUAUCAUGAAACACGACGAGAUUCACGUACAUUGUCUCUUCGAUCUUACAAUGAUCCACCAUUAGAAAGUGAAUUUACUCAAUUUGAUCAUUUUGAUUUUCGAUUAAAUAAUUAUAGCAUUCCAUCGAUAGAUACAACAUAUUUUUGUAAAAUAUACAAAACACCAACUAAUUAUUCAUCUAAACGACAUGUUAUUGCGAAUCAAUUUUUAAUUGAAUCAUCUAAUCGAGAUUUUAUUCAUCAUAUACUCAUGUAUGAAUGUGAUUCUACAGUUCAGUUUAAUGAUUCAAAUUUACCUGAAGGUUUAUGCUAUGAUGUCAAAACACAAAUUCAAUCAUGUGCGAUCAAUAUUGCCACUGGAUGGGCAGUUGGCGGUGAUUAUAUGACUGAAUAUCCUAAAGAAGCUGGUUAUCCAAUAGGUGGUGAUUUUCAGAUAAAAUAUUAUAUGAUUGAAAUUCAUUUUAAUAAUCCAAAUCAGAUAUCAAAUAUUACUGAUAGUUCAGGUAUUCGAUUUUAUAUUGGUAAUCAAUUACGUCAAUAUGAUAUUGGUUAUUUAACAUUUGGUACAGAUAUAUUGCCAACUAGUCUUGCUAUUCCACCAAAUGUUCAAAACUUUAUUGUUGAUUCUUAUUGUCCAAUAAAUGCGACUAUAAGUAUUCCAAUGUCUGGAAUUACAGUUAUAUCAGCAUUUCCGCAUGCUCAUUUACAAGGUAGAAGUAUUUCGACAAAAAUAAUUCGAAAUCAAACAGCUGUACAAUAUUUAUUUAAUGGUGAAACAUUCGAUUUUAAUUAUCAAUUUGAACAUCGUCUUGCAGAACCUAUUAAAAUAUAUUCCGGUGAUGAAUUUGCAACUCGUUGUGUUUAUAAUACAGUGAAUAAGACUCGUAUUACAUUAGGAGGUGAAAGUGUACACGAUGAAAUGUGUCUUCAUAUAUUUACUUAUUAUCCUCGGAUGAAUAAUACUUCUAUAUGUUUAAAUAGGAUUUCUUUUUCUUCAUGGCAAAUGUUAAUGAACAAAAAUAUAUCAGCAAUUUUUUCAUUUGAUGAGUUUGAAAAUUGGCUAAUGAAUAUUAAUUGGACAUCACAAUUAGUUACUCAAUGGCAAGAGUUUUAUAACAAUGCUUCACGUUUGGUCCUUUAUGGUGGAGAAGCAAAUCUUCAACACUUAAUGUUGAGUCGAUUACCAAAAUAUGAAGAUUUAAAACAAAAAGAAUGUAAUAAAUCAUCAACUGGCAAUAAUACUACAGUUAUUAUUCCUAGUUUUAAUACGAUUGUUUUCUUAGCGAUAUAUUUAAUGAUGUUAAUAAAAUAUUUAAUGCUUUGA